GAUUUAUUAGUUUUUCUUUUUAGUUAACACAUUAUGUAUGUAUGUAUGUCAUAUCUCUCUAAGGUAAUUGUAAACUUUGGAGAGCAAGGACCAUGUUUUCUAUGGUCUCUGCUUUCAAGGAGUUCUUGGUGGCAUCUGUGAUUUGUUCUUUGAGAUGGUUAGCUGUGUUUUCGAGAUAUCUGAAUUGGAGAAGAGGAGAUUGAGGGAAACUUCUUAACGGUUAUUGAGGUUUUGUACAAAGCGUGGUGACUUCUCAUUCUCUAACCCCAUUAAGGCUCCAAUUAAGGAAAUGUCCUAAGCUUCCCUGUGAGAGAUUUAGGUGGACAAUUAUAACUGGGUAUUUACUGUGUACCAUGUGCUGUGUCAGUUCCUUUACAUAAAUUAUCCUACUUCAUCCUCAGAACAAGCCAAAUGAGAAAGUGUAUUAGUUUUCUAGGACUGCUGUAACAAAGGACCACAAACUAUGUGGCCUAAGCGACAGGAACUUACUGCAUCACAGUUGUGGAGGCUACAAGUCCGAGGUCCAGGUGUUGGCACAACUGGUUCUUCCCAGGGAUGUGAGGGAGACUCUCCUGCAGACCUCCCCCCAGCUUCCGGUGGUUUACUGGCCAGCUCUGGUGUUCCGUGGCCUGUGGAUCUCUGCCUUCAUCUUCACAUACCAUCCUCCCUGUGUAUAUGUCUUUCUCUAAAUCUCUCCUUUUUAUGAGGAAACUAGUCAUCUUGGAUAAAGAACUCAUCUUCCUCCGAUACGAUAUCAGUUCAUCUUAACUAACUGUAUCUUCAAUGACCCUAUUUCUAAAUAAGGUCACAUUCUGAGGUACUGGCAUUUAGGACUUCAACAUAUGAAUUCAGUAGGGUUGACCCAAUUCCACCCAGUUAAGAUAAUGAAAUAGGCCUAGAGAGGUUAUGCCAACUUUUUGAAGUGGAAUGGCUGGGGCCCCCAGGUUCACACGGUAACCAGGUAGUUCUGCGGGGGGACGUAAGGGAGGUAGCACAGGUCCCCAAGAGCCACUGGGAUGCUGCAGUGACCCGGACUGGUGCAGCCACUCCCAUAAAGUCAUCCAGACGAGAGGUAACAGUGAGCUCUGCAGUUAGUCAAACCUGCCACUCACCUGCUGCCUGAUCUUAGGAAUGUGGUUCAAGCUCUCAGAGCCCCUAUGGCUUCAUCCGUAAAAUGGGAUGAUCGCACCCACCUGAUGAAAUCGUGAAGAUUAAAGGACACAGGACGGUAGUUGAGAAAUGUAGUGAUUGUCACAAUGGAUGCCCUCCUCUUACCCCAACCACGCAAAAGGGAGCUCUAGUCCACGUCCACAUCUCCUACACCUAGGCCCAUUUUAAUUGCUUUAAUUUACGUAACGCAGUGCAACCCUUGGCCAGAAACAUCAUUCAAGUGGGGAUCAGGGUAGGGGGUGGUAGAAGGGUCAGGAAGGGGAGAUGCAAAGGAGAGCUAGAGAAAAGGGUAAGUCCAGCUCCCGGCGUCUCUGUAUGUCUCAAGGUGGACAUUAUUGGUAUCUGGAGGUGGGCAGUUCUUCCUCUUGAGCCACUGUUCCAGGCAUUACAGUAAGAUUGUCAUCCCUGGGCCCUUGAGUGCUAAGACAUUAAAUACCAGUAAUAACCCCAGUCACUGUGCCACCCAAAACACCCCAGACAUUUCCAAGCUGUCCUUUAAGGAUGGCCGCAGCCCUGAUUGACAGUGAUUGGUGACCCCAGCAGGACCCAAGCUGUAUUGGGAACUGCGGCAGCCACCGGUGCAGGGAUGAACAGACUGUCGCCGCUCAGCUAACCCUUAGCGUCUGAUUCCUGAAUUCCUCUGGGUGAUACCCUCUCACUGCUGGAUUUCUCCAGUCCUGUUGUCCAUACUCUCUUCUGGGAGAAACUGGUGCAAUUUUAAGGUUGCAGUUGCAGGAGGCGGAGACAGUUUCUCUAGGGUAACACUGGAGUAUCUUCAAAACCAUGCAGUAAAUAAAGUGCCCAAAAUAAACACCCUGGGUCAACAGCUUCUUGCUGUCCUCUCCAUUUGCAUUUUCUGAUCUUCUGGCCACCUGAGAGAUCUUACGACGUAGUGCAGAGGUCUGGGAAACCCCAAAAUGAAGUCUCAGUGGAACUCAGAGAGAAGUGUGUUUGUUUGUAUAUGCACAGAAUUUGGCACACAUUAGGUAGCUCUUCAUGGUGAUGCCAGCCAGUGGCACUCACGGAGAAGCCCAGGGGUUACUCAUCCCGCUGGGAGGAGCUGCUUUUUGAGUGAAUUUUCUUCUUGCUUCUUUAGUGGUACAGUCUGAAGUAUCAAACUGAGUACAGACUGUGAAAUGUAAGUUGCCUGACGAAAACCAGUAAUCUAGUCAUUGACUACAGAUUUAACCGAGCCACAGAAAGCCUAGAUAUGGUUCAAUUUGGUUUAAACGCUGUAACGUUUCCAAUCUUUAAAUGCAAGAGGCUUGAAAAAAAAGAAAAAGAAAAACACACCUAUUACUGAGCAAAAUGAAAGCUCCGUCCUCUCAGUGCCUGCUUUGCUUUAACACCGUGGCUUGCUUUACUUUCAGAUAAACUGUCCUUGAAGCAAAACCAAGCUGUGAGAAAUGUGCACUCCCUCUUUCAACACGACCCAUUGUGUUCAAAUUCAUUAGCAAGAAAGUUAAGCAUCCACCUUCGUCUUUAAGGAAAUAUGAAAGUUGUUGCUUUGAAACAGAAUUCACUGCACUCAGACUUUGAGUGAUGUCUAUAUUCAGAUCCAACCGGAUCUGCAGCCCCCUUCAAAAAAUCCUUUCUCCUCAGUGGUGAGAAUUACCCCACCUGGGAUUCACUCUUCAAAAGGCUCAAGAAGCCUAUUCACAUGAAUGAAACUGCUUUCUUCAGGGCAGAUGCGGAAGCUGCCCUCCAGAGGGCUUAGGCAACCCGAGGACAGGAAGCCGCCUCGGGUGGCAGUGUGGCCGCUGGGACCGCCAGGCUGCUGCCUGCUGCCUCUCGCUCCCGUCUUCCUCAAGAUGCAGUUUCUUGACGCUGAGGAGCUCCUGGCCCAUGAAGAGGAUGAUGUUUUUGGUGAAGGACUCCCGACCAGGCUCCCGGAAAUCAUGUUGGUAGGAUCCCAGUCUUUUUCGCCUGGAGGGCCCAAUGGGAUCAUUAGAAGCCAGUCCUUCGCGGGUUUCAGCGGCCUUCAGGAAAGGCGAUCCAGGUGUAACUCCUUCAUUGAAAAUUCCUCCGCUCUCAAGAAGCCUCAGGCCAAACUGAAGAAAAUGCACAAUUUAGGCCACAAAAACAACAAUCCCCCGAAAGAGCCUCAGCCCAAAAGGGUGGAAGAAGUCUACAGGGCCUUGAAAAAUGGACUUGAUGAAUAUCUGGAGGUUCACCAGACGGAGCUGGACAAGUUGACAGCUCAGUUAAAAGAUAUGAAAAGAAACUCUCGCCUGGGUGUGCUGUAUGACCUCGACAAGCAAAUUAAAACGAUUGAAAGAUACAUGAGACGCCUGGAGUUUCACAUUAGUAAGGUAGAUGAACUCUAUGAAGCUUAUUGUAUCCAGCGACGUCUCCAGGAUGGUGCCAGCAAAAUGAAGCAAGCUUUUGCAACAUCCCCUGCCAGCAAAGCUGCCCGGGAGAGUCUGUCAGAGAUCAAUCGGAGCCACAAGGAGUACACAGAGAAUAUGUGCACCAUUGAAGCGGAGCUGGAGAGUCUGCUGGGGGAGUUCUCCAUCAAGAUGAAAGGUCUGGCUGGCUUCGCACGCCUCUGUCCUGGAGAUCAAUAUGAAAUUUUCAUGAAGUAUGGCCGGCAGCGGUGGAAACUGAAAGGCAAAAUAGAAGUAAACGGCAAGCAAAGCUGGGAUGGAGAAGAAACCGUUUUUCUGCCCCUGAUAGUUGGGUUCAUCUCCAUCAAGGUCACGGAGCUCAAAGGGCUAGCAACUCAUAUCCUGGUAGGUAGCGUGACCUGUGAAACCAAAGAGCUGUUUGCAGCCCGACCUCAGGUGGUGGCUGUCGACAUCAAUGACCUUGGUACCAUCAAACUGAACCUGGAAAUCACCUGGUAUCCGUUUGAUGUGGAGGACACGACCCCAUCCUCAGGCGCUGGGAACAAGGCGGCAGCCCUUCAGAGGAGAAUGUCCAUGUACAGCCAGGGUACCCCGGAAACGCCCACCUUCAAAGACCACGCCUUCUUUAGGUGGCUGCAUCCUUCCCCAGACAAGCCAAGGCGGCUGUCUGUCUUGAGUGCCUUGCAAGACACGUUCUUUGCCAAGCUGCACCGCAGCCGCUCCUUCAGUGACCUGCCCUCCCUCAGGCCAAGUCCCAAGACUGUGCUAGAGCUCUAUUCGAAUCUACCUGAUGACAUCUUUGAGAAUGCAAAGGCAGCCGAGGAGAAAAUGCCACUGUCGCUCAGCUUCAGUGACCUGCCCAAUGGGGACUGUGCCCUCAGCUCCCACUCAACAGGCUCCCCUUCCAACUCAACAAAUCCAGAAAUUACCAUCACCCCUGCGGAGUUUAACCACAGCAGCCUGUCCUCCCAGAAUGAGGGUACGGAUGAUACCAGCUCGACAUCCUCCAGGAACUCCUUGGGAGAUGGCCAAGAGCCAAAGUCACACGUGAAGGAGGAAGACCCAGAGGAGCCCCGGAAACCUGCCUCGGCCCCGUCGGAGGCUUGCCGCCGACAGUCCUCGGGUGCUGGGGCUGAGCACCUGUUCCUUGAGAACAACGUUGCGGAGGCACUUCUGCAAGAGUCCGAGGAGGCCUCUGAGCUCAAGCCCGUGGAACUAGACACGCUGGAAGGAAACAUCACGAAGCAGCUUGUCAGGAGACUCACAUCCGCAGAGGUGCCGGUGGCCCCAGACAGGCUGCUCUCUGAGGGCUCUGUGGGUGGAGAACCCGAAGGCUGCAGAUCCUUCCUAGAUGGAAGCUUAGAGGAUGCCUUUAAUGGGCUUUUCCUCGCAUUAGAACCACACAAAGCGCAGUAUAAAGAGUUUCAGGAUCUGAACCAGGAAGUCAUGCAUUUGGAUGAUAUUCUGAAAUGCAAGCCCACCGUAAGCCGCAGCAGGUCUUCCAGUUUAAGUCUUACGGUUGAGAGUGCUUUAGAAAGCUUUGAUUUCCUGAACACCUCUGACUUUGACGAGGAGGAGGAUGGUGAUGAGGUUUGUAAUGUUGGCGGAGGUGCUGACUCCGUGUUUUCAGACACUGAGACUGAGAAACACAGUAGUUACAGGUCGGUUCACCCAGAAGCCAGGGGCCAUCUCAGUGAAGCGCUGACCGAAGACACAGGAGUUGGGACCAGUGUGGCAGGAAGUCCUCUCCCGCUGACCACAGGGAACGAGAGCCUGGACAUCACCAUCAUUAGGCACCUCCAGUACUGCACCCAGCUCGUGCAGCAAAUUGUUUUCUCAAGCAAAACCCCAUUUGUGGCAAGAAGUCUCUUAGAGAAGCUUUCUAGGCAGAUCCAGGUGAUGGAGAAACUCGCAGCUGUCAGUGAUGAGAACAUAGGAAAUAUCACUUCUGUUGUGGAAGCCAUACCAGAAUUUCACAAAAAGCUGUCUCUGCUGUCAUUCUGGACCAAGUGCUGCAGCCCUAUUGGUGUGUACCACAGCUCAGCGGACAGAGUGAUUAAGCAGCUGGAGACCAGCUUUGCCAGAACUGUCAACAAAGAGUAUCCAGGACUUGCAGACCCAGUGUUUCGAACUCUGGUGUCCCAAAUUCUGGACCGGGCUGAGCCUCUGCUUUCCACCAGCCUGUCCUCGGAAGUCGUCACUGUUUUCCAGUAUUACAGUUACUUCACCAGCCACGGCGUGAGUGACCUGGAGAGUUACCUGAGCCAGCUGGCCAGGCAAGUUUCCAUGGUUCAGACUCUGCAGUCACUAAGAGAUGAAAAACUGCUACAGACCAUGAGUGACCUUGCUCCCAGCAACCUCCUGGCCCAGCAGGAAGUACUCAGGACUCUGGCUCUGCUAUUAACCAGAGAGGACAAUGAAGUUAGUGAGGCUGUGACGCUUUACUUGGCAGCUGCCUCCAAAAAUCAGCAUUUCAGGGAAAAGGCCUUGCUCUAUUACUGUGAAGCACUAACAAAGACAAACCUCCAGCUCCAGAAAGCAGCUUGCCUGGCCCUGAAAAUCCUUGAGGCUACUGAAAGCAUUAAAAUGCUGGUGACACUGUGUCAGUCUGACACUGAAGAAAUCAGAAAUGUGGCCUCAGAAACCCUCUUGUCUCUGGGAGAAGAUGGACGGCUGGCAUAUGAACAAUUGGACAAAUUUCCUCGAGACUGUGUUAAAGUCGGAGGUCGUCAUGGAACUGAGGUUGCCACAGCUUUUUAAUUACAGGUUAACUGCCUAACAGCUGUCUUAAUAUAUGCCCUUUUCAUCAAGAUGGUGCUGUGAUGUGGCUGGAAAUUGUUUAGAACCUCAAAGUUCUGCUGAACUUAUCUGAAUAUUUAACAUGUUAUAGGGCAUGGUGGCUCACGCCUACUCCUAGCAUUUUGGAAGGCCAAGGCAGGAGAAUUGCUUAGGCUGAGGAGUUUAAGACCAGCCUGGGCAACAUAACAAGGCCCUGUCUCUACAAAAAAAAAAAAAGUUUAAUUAGUCAGGUGUGGUGGCAUGCACCUGUAGUCCCAGCCACUUGGGAGGCUAAGGUGGGAGGAUUGCUUGAGCCCAGAAGACUGAGGCUGCAGUGAGUCGUAACUGCACCACUGCACUCCAGACUGGGUGACAGAGCAAAACCCUGCCUCAAAACACAAAACAGCAAAGACAAAAAAACAUGUUAUAGAAAGAAUUCAGAGUCUAGUUUUACAGUAUCUAUCUACUUUUCCUUUGGCCAAUAUAGAAUAGGGGUAUGUAUAAUUCAAUAGAUUACAUCCUUGAUUGUGUCUGACAAUACUCAGUGGAAGAGUCCAUCUUAAUAUGUAUGAAAUUUUAAAAUAGCCAUCUUUGUACUUUUUUGCAAGUUCCUCUAUAAGCCUGAAAUAGUCACGUGAUACUUUGAUAACUAUCUUAUGCCUUGCAGUUUUUCUCUGUCCUGUUCUCAGGGUUGAGUGGUCCCCUUAGCUACCUAACUUUACUUUCAAUACAAAGCACAAAGAAGAAUCUCUUCAAAUAAAAGAACCUGGCAGAAUGACCCAUUGUGAGGGUUUAGAUGUUUUAAUUUUAUGUGCGCCCACCUACUCUGGAGACUGAGGUGGGAAGAUCGCUUGAGGCAGAGGUUGCAGUGAGCCGAGCUUGCACCACUGCACUCCAGCCAGAUGACAGAGGAGCGAGACCCAGUCUCAAAAAGAAAACAAACAACAAACAAAAAACACCCUCCCUCAAUUUCUUUCGUUUCUUUUCCCCAUCCUGAAAAUUCAAAAACCAGUUUUCCAUUGUAGAAAACAGAUAAGUAAAUGACGAAGAACUACCUUAAGGUUAUACCUAUACACUUAAUAAAAAACAACAAACUUAGUGCUUUUUUAAAAAAAAAAAAAAAAAAUUAAGAGCCAUUUUUUAUGAUAUUCUUACCGUAGGGGUAUUUUGCUGCUAAGACAAAUCAAAACCAAAAGCUGUAGAUUCACAAAGCUGUGAUGCUCUUUGAGGUGGAAGAAUCCGGAAGUUGGAGAAAUCCUAACGGAGUAGGAGCGGAGGGACAUUUAAAGUGGUCCCUGCAUCUGUAAAAAUGACCAUGAGAUUAGAAAAAAGAAGGACACCCUGAGGGAUGGUUACUGCCCCCAGGGAAAUCACUCACCGGUAGGACUCCCUGGCCAAACAGUUAAAACAUCAGGUCCCAUCAUUGCUUCACUAUCAGAGAUGCAAGUCCAUUAAGCAAAGUACAAGACCGUUCAGUAGCUCUUGUUAAAAUAUCUUUUCUUCCUCUAAAGAAUAUACAAGGUGGGGUAUGCCAAGGUAUCAACACAGUAUAUGUGAGUGCAAUUUAAACUGUGGAAUAUCAACUGUACUAUGGACGUGUUUGUAUCAUUUAGAUGUGAUUUUAAAUAUUUACAUUUUAGCAAGACUUUUAAAAAGGACUCAUUUCAUUUCAAAUUGCAAAGUGUUUGCCAGGCUUCUGGCAAAUAGUUAUUUCAACUGUGAAGUUACAAUGUACAUAUCUGUAUAUUUAUAAAUAUUAUAUAUAUUCACAUGCCCUUCACUUUAAAGGUACAUUGUACAGUCUGUAGUUAGUAUGUAUAGUCUGUAGUUUAUGUUAAAUGGUUGAAAUGGUUCUUUCUAAUAGCAAGUCAAAUCACAGAUCUUACAGGAUUUUGUGUUUGGUUUAUUUUUUAGUGUUUUGACUACUGCAUGAGGAAUUAAUUCCAGAUAUUUUGUAUUCACUUCUGUAUUUUAUGUUUGGUUGAGGGGGUGCCUUUUGUUUUGUGGCAUUUGUAUUCAUUGCUCUUUCAGUCAUGUAAGUUAAAAUAAAAAUUAUUUUUGAAUUACGAGCA